GUCUGAUCAACGCCAGAUACGUGGAAAGCCCUCCAUGCCUCGACCGCAGGCCGAGUUACGUAAAGGAAAGACGGUCAAUGGCCAGCGACGACCCCGUCGGCGGAGAAAUGGACGCUUCUAGCAACCUAGCAACUUGGUUUGCAGGAGGCAUGGGCUGCCCGGUGAUCAGUCCGCGGUCGAGACCGGCAGUGCCUUGGGGGUUGCUCGUCGACGGCUGAUAGCGAUCCCCCUGAGGCCUCUGGCCGGAAUAGAGUGUAGAUUAGGGCAAGACGACAUAUCAGAAAUGAGGGGAAAGGCCAGCGACGACUGGAAAUACGGGGUAAUCGCCCUCGGAUCGAGUAUAGCCUGUCGAAAGGCUCGUCCGCAGGAAAAUUUCUCCCGAUUCGACGUUCCUGCCAGGGCUGGACCGUCGGUUUCUAUGACUGAUUCGCAUUACUCGAUCCCAACCUUCAUCGGCCACAUCGGACUAGCUGCGAACCAGAGGCGGUUUGCCUUUGGUCGGUCCGAUCACUAAAAGCGAAAAUUCUUUUUUGGCCCUGGCCACGAUGACGGUUGCACCCUUAUUAUUGAACCACCCCGGAUGAUCCUAAUCCAGACCAGUCGACUAGUUGCAGCCGGUUUCUUGUUUGUUGGUUUCACAUCGGUUGAGGCCUGGAGGAAUCCCUCGCCUCGGUCACGACUUGUUCAUGCACUCCGGGCAGGACACCCGGCGUGAUAGCUCUCGAGGUGGCCAUUGCAUUGCAUGGAAUGAACCGGUGAUCUGAAGCUGUACGGACAGCCUGUCGAAGCCUGGUCUGGCUUCAAGCCUUCAUGGCCGAGUGGGCAGCGAAUCUCGGAACCAAGCCCUGGAUCCGAUCCACGCGGUUUUUUUUAUUUUUUUAUUUUUAAUUUUUUUUUGUCUCGCUCACAAUUAUUUGGGGCAAUUUUUUAUUUUCACUAAUUUUAUUUUUAAAAAUUCCCGGACCCGGAGGA